AGAAAGGAGAUUUGUCCAGGAGUGAAAACUAGCACUUUUAGGAGGGAGAGGAGUGGACUAUUGGUGGCGUGUGUGUCUAAUUAUAGAUUGAUGAAUUCUGGAGCAUGCAGUAUUCACUGACAGAGCACUGCAGCCACUGAGAGCAGACGUACAUCAGACAUUAGCAGAUUGAUACACCAGAGAGAUGCAGUAGGAAUGAGGGAUUCUGGAAGGGACACUUUCUGACAUUUGUUGGACCCCUGUGUGUGACUUUACCCUCUGUAUAUCGGUACAUGUACAUUACGUCUAUAUUACAGGAAUUAAUUCAUGUGUGCCUGUUCAGUUGUGACUGGAGUAGUGUGUCUAUGUGAUUGAUAGACUGGGAGAAAUUGAUAGAUAUUUAUAUAUAUAUACCUGUGUUUGAUAAGGAGGGAAGCCCACAGUGUUAAACAGGUAGUUACACAGGACUGGGUGUGUCCCAGUUUCUCCGCAACACUGAAGGAGUUUAACUCUUAUACCACUUCAUGCAGAGUCAAAGACAGUGUAAUUCGAGUUAUCGUCUCUGUGAAAUGGUGACACAGGACCUCUAUUGCUGAGUGUUUCCAGACAGAAAUUCUUAGAAUUGCUUCCUUCAAGUGAUAUCAUUUAGAAACCUUACGAAGUCUAAACAGGAAAUUGUGAUUGUUGGAGAAAUAUUUUCAUCAUGAAUGGGCAAUCAGAUUCUUUGCCCUCCAAUCAUGUGGAACUUUACGUGAAGGCUGGAAAAGAUGGAGAAAGUUAUGGAGCCAAUGUAUUCUGCCAGAGAUUUUACAUGAUUCUGGAUAUCAAGGCUAAGCACGGAACCUUAACUUAUGAUGUCAUCACAAUCAACAUGGCCAGGCCACCUGCAGAAUUCAAACGCUUUGCUAAUCGCCUUCCAGUUCUGAGACAUAAUGAUGAAAUUCUGAUAGAUAAUGAUGAGAUUCUGCAGUACAUUGACGAACACUUCCCGUAUCCUUCGCUGAAGUACGACAACAUGAUGGCACACAGUGUGUGUUUGGACGUCUUUGCCAAGUUUUCCUAUUACAUUAAACAAGUCAGUCAUGGACCAGAGGCCCUCUUGAAGGAACUGCAGGCAAUCAAUGACUAUUUAGAAACCAGUACCUAUAAGUACAUGUGCAGGGAUGAGCUGUGUCACCUCGAUUGUUUAAUGUUGCCAAAGCUUCAGCAUAUUCGAGUAGCUGCAAAAGCGUUCAAAGAUUUCGAAAUCCCAGAGGAUAUGGUAGGCCUUUGGCAAUACCUUAAAAGGGCAUAUGAAAACGAUACAUUUCGUAAAACCUGUCCCUCAGAUCAGGAGAUUGUCCACGAAUGGGAGUCAAAGGCUGGAAUCCCCCCUCUCUCGGAAUCAAAAAAGAAAAUCUACACAAUGGAUGGAUAUGUCGAACCUCAGUUUUCCAUGGAGAUACCAGAUUUACCCUCAUCCAAUGGACAGUGAUUCAAAUAUCAGUUACAAUCUUGGCAUGCCAAUGCUUUUUGAAUUUUUGAACAGAGUUAUAGUGUUAAUGUUUACAAAUUUAGCAUGCUUUUAUAUUAUGUAUGCAUUGUAAAUUUUCCCAUGAUUGGGUUUACAAUGCUUAGAUAGGAAGCAGAUUUGCAAGAGACAAAAUCUCUCAAAUAACUAAAUAAGUUAAACAUUUGUACACUUGAUUAAUAAGCUUUGGAUGCCGAUGAGAUGUAAAUAGUUUGUUUGACUGGGAUGGUUGGAAUUUAGUUGACAUUUGUGAGCAUAGUUAGAUAACAUUUGCCCUCUGGGACAUGUUUUGACAUUUUCCACUCUCGUCAGCCUGUAUCAGGGGAGAUAAUUAAGGCCUGAUUAAAAUCCAUUUUGAUUUAGAGAUAUAGUCCCACAAAAGGAAGCAAUCCCUUAAUUUACUUAUGUAGUGGGACCUAUGUACAUGUUUUACUUGCAGUAGUACACGAUAUUCCUGUGCUCACAUACCAGAUCUGGCAUUUAAAGAUUUACAAUUUCGACGUUUGUUUGUUUUGUGUUUUUAUUUUAUUCCAAUUUUUUUUUAUAAAGGCAAUAUUUUGAUUAAGAGUGUGCUAAACCUUUACAAAUAGGAGUGUAUAUAAGAGAAUCUUUUCAGUGUACCGGUACAUUUAUUGCAUAAAAAAAUGUCAUUUGUACUGAUUCUUAUAAUAUCCAGUAUCAGAAUUAUUCAUAAUUUUUUUUUGUUUGUUUUUCAAACUAUAUCAAGUUUGAAUAUUUAAGGAAACUUGGACAACUUCUAAAAUUUUUUAUCUUAAAAUAUAAUUAAUUAUCUUUUUGUAAACUAAACUUAUACAAAGGAGGCAUCUGAUUUAUAUCUGAAAGGUUGUUUUUUGUAUUGUUUAUUUACACUAUAGCAAUAUUCUAGUCCCUGUAAUAGCCAUAAAUUGUCUUGCCAUUUUAUGUCUACAAAUAAUUCAUAUAUUUACAAUGUAUUGUACACAAAUAUUUUAUUAUUAUAUCAUUAUUUUAUUUUAUGUAUUUUGCUUGUUUUUUUAUUGUAGUAACUUUUUUUUUAUUAAAGUGAAAUUGCAAUAAACAACUGAUUUAAGGCUACAAGUCAGCUACAAAUGAAGAACAUUACCUACAGUUCAAUGAAAUAUUUUGCUAUUUUAAAAAAAUAUUGUAAUAUCCUCUUGGUUAUUUCCAAAUCUUGUAUUGAAAAUCAUCUGUAUAAAUCACUCACUUGGUAUCAAACAAGUACAUUUAUAAUGUUUGCUGAAAUAGCAAAAAAAGGAAAAUAUCCCUCUACCUGACUCUUUCCAAUAAACGAAUAAAAUAACAAUUCAAGUUAAAAUAAGGGUCCUUUUGAUAUACCAAGUAGAUUAUAUUUUAUUGAAAAUGUACUGGUAUAGAAGGUUUUGAAUAAAUAGUACUGAUGACAUUACAUGUACCAAUGACUUGUAGCCCUAUAUAUACAUAUACAGUUGAGCCUUGUUAAUCAUCUGGAUUAAUGAAGUGUUAGGAUUAAAAUAAUUGUACUUAUUACUGUAUACAGGAAUAUUUUCACCCCUGUUUUAUUUUCGCCCUACUUUCAGCUGGGUGAAUUUAAAACGAGACGAAUUAAAAAAACACAGUAUAUUUUCUUAUACAAAACUGUGACUGGGUGAAUUUAAAACGAGGCAAAAUUGUUUGCAUGUUUGAAAGGGUGAAAAUAACAUGUGGACAAAAAUAAUCUUAUAUACAGUAUAUAUAAAUAAAUACAAAUUGUUCCCCUUCAACAUUUUCUGAAGAAUGAAGUGUCUGGAUUAUGGGCACCUUGAUAAACAAGGCUCCUAUGUACCUAGCAAUUAUGAGUAGUUUUAUUUUGAGCUAGUCAUUAUGUUAUUCUAGUGAUAUAUUUAGUUGCAUGCAUCAUAUCAUAUACAUGUUAGUGUUUAUUUGUUGUGUUGUGUUAAAGUGUUAUGUUUGCUUUUUAAAACAUGCCUUAAAAACAUAAGCUUUCAGUUUCCUCAGAUUUUUUCCCCUCAUUUUCAUUUUUUGGCAGCAAAUUUGUGAAUGUAAUUGAUAUAUGUUUCAAUUUCUUCUUUACCUCAAAGUUUGAGCCUUAGUUUCAGAUCAAAUCUGGGUUUUAAAUUUUUAAAAAAUAUUUGAUAAUGUGAAGGGUUAGUGACCCUCUACUCAAUGAAAAUAAAAAUGUUUGUGCAAGUAUGACAAUGUUCUAACGAAAGUUGAGGUAAAAGCCAAAAGGCAUAUUUAUAGUAACCAUGCAGGGCAAAAUUUCAGUCAAAGUGUAAAAGAGACAUAUAGUGAUGUAUUAAUGAAAGAGUUACCUCUCUUUAGAAAGGGUCAGAUAACCUUAAGAUCAGUUGUCUUAUUAUUGAGAUGUGUAUAAAGCACAUAAACACUCUUUAAUUUCACCACUGUUAAGGAUAAAAACUUUGAUGAUAACAGACUUGUUUGCUUUGUAAAUAAGUUACUGUUAUAUAUUACUUUUUAGUUCUGGUGUUAUAUAGCAUCACCCAAAAGACUUUAUAAGCAGCUUUGCUUUGGAGUUAAAAACGUUUGUUGUGUAUUCUACAGUUGUAUUGUUUAUCAAUUUCAAUAAAAUGCUGAGAGUAUUCCUA